AUGGCCAACCAGAGUGAUUUACCACAGAAGAUCGAUAAUAAGUAUCUAACGCUGAUAUAUAAGAAGAAUGGAUCGUUUGAUAAACAGCGGAAGCGUUUGCUUGAGAACUUUAAGACGUCACAGACUCACUCCAAUCUCCUUCUUAAGCUAAAGUUAAUGGUGGAAUCAAAAGUAAAAGCGGAUCCGUCCAUCUUAAUGAAGAAUAAAGGUAAGAUGGCUGCUCUAAUACAGGGAGAGAUUAUCAGUAACAACUCAGGAUCAAAUAUUCUAGAUAUUGUUGAUAAGGAUAUCCAGGAGAAGAUCAUUGACUCGCCUGAGUUCCACGAUAGUCUAAAAGUGGAGCUUAAAGAUAUACGACGCAAAGCUUUAGGGAUUAGUGACGAGGACUAUGCUAAGCAGCUAGAGGAAGAGGCUAAAGCAGCGAAAGAAGAGGCUGAAAAGAAGCAACGCGAACAAGCAGAGAAAGAGAUGGCUUACAAGAACAACUUUAAGGUUAAACAACUUGCAGCUCCACCAAGAGUCGCUAGACCACCUCGUUUCAACCUACCGACCCGUGAACGCGAUAGUUACAGAGGCCGUGCUGCCUCUGGAAGGCACACCGAUAGAUACGAGAGAGGAAGUUCUGGUCCGGGAUGGUCUCAGGAUGACCGUAACUCUAAAGGAAGGCCUUCUUCUGGGCAUAUGAUGUACUAA